AAUAUGGCCUUAUAACUUCUUUAAAAAUCUUAACAUUCCUGGCCCCAGACCACUUCCAUUCAUUGGAACGUUCCUUUAUAACAGGAAAAUCGAGUGGAUUUCCUUCAAAUGAUGAUGGAUUCUCAGGCAUCCAAUAAACACCACAGUUCAAAUGGAGUAGAUCAUGUCUACAAAGCACUGACAGAUGGUGAAAUUAUGUCUCAGUCCGUUCUCUUCAUAUUAGCUGGAUAUGAAACCACAAGCACUGCCCUCACAUACGUCGCUUACAACCUGGCCACCAACCCAGAUGCGCAGCAAAAACUGCAGCAGGAGAUCGAUGAAACCUUUCCCAACAAGGCUUCUGUGACAUAUGAUGCCUUGAUGCAAAUGGAAUACCUUGACAUGGUGAUAAAUGAAUCAAUGAGGUUAUACCCAAAUGCAGGACGCAUAGAAAGAAUCUGUAAGAAAACUAUUGAAAUAAAUGGAAUAAUAAUUCCCAAGGGAACGGUCAUUAUGGUACCCCUCUAUGCCUUGCACCGGCACCCAGAUCACUUUCCAGAGCCAGAAGAAUUCCGACCUGAAAGAUUUAGUAAAGAGAACAAAGAAACAAUGGAUCCAUAUGCUUUUAUGCCAUUUGGAACAGGCCCAAGGAACUGCAUUGGAAUGCGAUUUGCCCUCCUUAACAUGAAGCUGGCACUUGCAUCAUUACUGCAAAACUUCUCCAUUGAACCUUGCAAAGAAACUCCGAUCCCACUGAAAAUCUCGAAAACAGGCUUAAUGACCCCAGAAAAGCCUGUCUUUCUCAGAUUUGUCCACCGACCUAAUGCAAAAGCAACAUAAUGAAAUGACAACGGUUUUUAAGUAUAUCUGAUGACAUAUUCAUUUCAAAAGGCCUUCAUAGAAACACCAAAGCAGCUGCUAACAGUCCAGUAACACUGCAUAUCAUCACCUGGAUUCAUUUUUAAAUGUCAUUAGUUUAACACAAUGGAACAACUCAGGUAUGAUUGUAUCUGCAUAUUAGUGGUGUCAACCUGUGGCAGUACAGAGAUUACAUUUAAAGGUUCUGAAAUCAGGUACAAUAUUAUGGCUCCCUGUUGUUAUGUGAACAGAAUCAGGACUCCUGAAAGACUGUGAUGAAAGAAGAUAUUCCUAACCAGCAAGGCUGACAGCCAUGGACUCCGAAACAUGGAUUACAGCAAAUGGGAAAUCAUGUCAAUCUAACACAUUUGUCACGUGCUUCAAAUAUAUAUUACUUUGCAUGGUGUUUUGGAGCAAGCAGUCAUAUGUUUAUAUUCCUCUGUACCACAUUGCUUCCUUAUAUCUGCACUGAUUUUGUUUAUUAUAUUUGGCCUGUGUCUAUAUGUCUUCAGUCAUUUCUUUACACUAUAUUUAUGUCUGCUUUCUAACAGCAUGUACUGAAUCUUGAUUUAUUAAAACUAUUAUGUACUCUU